AAAUCGGACCCUGGGCACGCGGAAAGAUUCUGUAGACAAUGGGAAGCAAAGGAGGAUUCACCCUGCUCGGGCUCCUGCUCAUCGUCUCUGUCCUCUGCCAUUCCGGUCAUGGCCUGCAGUGCUACCACUGUCCCAAUGCAAUUGGUUUGUGUAAUAAUGCCGUCAACUGCUCAUCCAACUUUGAUGCGUGUCUUUCCCUCCAUAGCGUGUUACAGAAUCAUUACAGUUGUUGGAAAUACGGCGACUGCAACCCUCUCUAUCUUCUGGAACCGUUCGGGCAGAACCUAACUUUCCAUUGCUGCCAGAAGGACCUGUGUAACAGAAGUGGUGGGACGAGUGUAACAGGGACCACAGUUCUGCUGGUGACUCAGCUGCUCGCAGCGUUCUGGAGACUUUUCAUCUAAAUCGAUACCGGGAGAGAUUCUCCUCAAUUCCCUUAUUCCUUAUAUUCCUUGUAUAUUCCUUAUCUCCUUUGCUGCCACAUGCCAAAAGCUUUAUAUUUUCCAACUGGAUCCUGUUGGGAAAAAUUAAAACAAGCUUAAACAACUGGAGUAAGAGCG